AUGGCAUCUGCGAAAGCCCGUUCCCUACCUCACCUGGACCCGGGUGAGGUUUCCUUGUUGGAUUUCGCAGAGGAUGAUCCUAGGGAUGCUGUGCCUUUCUCGGACAAGGAAGCGUUGAUCCUGCAACUAUAUCAUCAACUUCAGGAACAAGAACUCGAAAAGGCACUUCUCGAACAAGAUGCCGAAAUACUGUCAGGGGAUAAUGCCGAAGAGCAGCUGGCCACAGCAGAGCGCGAGCUUCUAGAAGCCAGAGCUACUUACACAGUCAGGCGGAAGGCACUUGGAGCUGUUCUUAUGACAGACCCCACUCUCAGAGCUGUUCAUCUGAAGGCCAUAUAUCCGGCUGAACAGUAUGUCUUCACUCUCUCGUUACUUGUCUCAUCUACGCAAAUAUACUAUGGCUUAGGGCUUGGCACACUCCUAACAAACUAUAGAACUCUCCUUCGUCUUAUCAAUAGACGUGACGUGCUCUCCUUAGCACAUGAGAACUUGAAUACUGCGCUUAGCUCGACUCUUAAAAAGUUAUCCAACGCGGAGGUGGAAAACUUGCAGCUGCAUCAGAAGAACAAAGCGCUCGUCCGAGAGCUACUAGAUCUAACGAAGAACGACGAAUCGUGGAGGGAAGAACUGGAUGAUAUGAGUAUUAAGGAGCUACUAGAGCAAGUCAAAGCGGAUCACAAAAGAAGUAAAGCGAAAUGGGAAACUAUGAAAAGCAUUACUAGCGCUAUCGUUGUCGGUAGUGGUGUGAACUGGGCUGAAGAUGAAGAGCUCGUGGCUCUUGUGUUGGACGACUCUGACGAUUGA